AUGGCUCCUUAUGAAGCUCUUUAUGGGAGAAGAUACAGAUCUCCUGUUGGAUGGUUUGAGGUUGGUGAACCAGGACCCAGAAGAGCUUUUGGAGGAGGUCUACAAGAUAGUGGAGGCUAUGGGGGUCAUUCUAUUGAGAAAGUCGAGUUGGCUGGGUAUCAAUUGAAAGAUGCGGCACAAGUAUGGUACACUCAAUGGAAUGACAACAGGCCUAUAAGGGUGGGUUCCAUAAGUUGGGAAGUAUACAAGAAAGCCUUCCUUGAUAGGUUCUUUCCCCGUGAGAAGAGGGAAGCCAAAGUUGAGAAGUUCAUCAACCUUCGCCAAAGAGGUAUGAGUGUCCAAGAAUACUCCUUGAAAUUCACUAAGUUGUCCAAACAUGCCCCCUCUUUGGUUUCUAAUCCAAGGGAUGAGAUGAGUCGAUUUGUAACCGGUGUGGCCGAUACUAUUGAAGAAGAGUGGCGUGUGACAAUGCUUCAUGACAACAUGGAUAUAUCAAGGUUGAUGGUUUAUGCUCAACAAGUUGAGGAGUCAAGGCUUAGGAAGAAGAGUAGAGAGGUGAAGAGGGAAAGUCCCGACGAUGGAAAUUCUUCUAAAAGUAAGUUUGAAGGUCAAAGUGGACCAAGGUUUAAGAAGAAGUUCUCCAAUCAAAGUUCCUCCAAUGCUCCAAAACCCAACAAAGAUAAGGUACCCAACUCUAAGCCUCAAGGAGGCAAUAGGGGUGGAUCUUCCAUGGAGAAGCCUACGUGUGCAAAGUGUGGUAAGAAGCAUAAGGGGAAAUGUCUUGCUGGUAUAAGUGUGUGCUAUGGAUGUGGGAAAAGUGGGCACCAAUUGAAGAUUGUCCAAACCGUACAACCAAGGGAAGAGAGGGUAAUCAAGCUACAACAAGUGGUUCUAAUGCCGAUCCUCCCAAGAAGAAUAGCUUAUAUGCCCUCCAAUAUAGAAGUGAUCAAGAGGGGUCCCCGGACGUUGUUACCGGUAUGUUACUAG